GCGAAGGGAAACUAGCGUUUCCAUGCCGGCUGCUUUGUGCCUUGUUCCAAGUUUGUUGUGUCUCCUUGCAUCUCCGCUGGAUGUUCUGUUCUUGCCCCAGCCCGACGGCGCACAUGUCGUCAACGCACUGCCCUCAUUCCCUCAGUGAAACUGAUCGCCUGAGCAAGCGGAGGCCUCUCCUCUCUCUCCCUCUUUCUCUUCGCCACAAAUCCACUGUUGGGCUUUCACGCUCUGGCAGUAUAUUGCAUCAUCGGUGAUCGCUACACCGGCCGCGUUCGCUUUCCAGAGCCCAUUGCUUCUACUGCAGUGCAACCUUACCCGCGGUCCAGGCCAUUGAUGUAUUGAUCAAUUGGACCAUCCAUCUUUCGACCAUUUCAAUGGCGGAUACCGACCCCCCCAAACUUGAGCCCGAGAGCUCCAUCACAACAGCAGUUUCCGAACCCGAGGAUGCGCCGGCAACAACGACACCGGCUCCGGCCGGUCAGAAGCCCAAGGGCGGCUUCCAGGUCAACGUGAACGAUGCCUUGACCCCCGACCAGACCAACGAGGACAUGUUCGAUGUCCAAGACAACAAGUUCGCCUUCUCGCCCGGUCAACUUUCCAAGCUCCUCAACCCCAAGAGCCUCGACGCCUUCUACGCCCUCGGCGGCCUGGCGGGUCUUGAGAAGGGCCUGCGCACCGAUCGCAAUGCCGGUCUUAGCACUGACGAGGGCGGCCUCGACGGCGCCGUCAAGUUCGAAGACGUCGCGCCCAAGGGCACCCCCAAAUACGGCUUGAAUGGGGACACCGUGCCCGUAGCCAAGGGCGACAAUGGCAACCCCGCGGUCCCUCCGCCGGCCCACCACACCACCGGCCAGUUCGCCGACCGCAAGCGCAUCUUUCGCGACAACAGGCUGCCCGAGAAGAAGAGCAAGUCACUGCUCGAGCUGGCCUGGAUUACCUACAACGACAAGAUCUUGAUCCUGUUGACUGCCGCCGCCGUCGUGUCGCUCGCCCUGGGCCUGUACCAAACCUUUGGUGUCGACCAUGAGGGCGGCGAGGCUCAGGUGGAAUGGGUCGAGGGUGUCGCCAUCAUGGUGGCCAUCGUCAUCGUCGUGCUCGUGGGUACCGUCAAUGACUGGCAGAUGCAGAGGCAGUUCAACACGCUUAACAAGAAGGCCGGCAACCGCACCGUUAAGGUCAUCCGCUCCGGCAAGUCGGUCGAGGUUUCGGUUUUCGAUAUCAUGGUUGGCGACGUCAUGCAUCUUUUCGCUGGCGACCUGGUUCCCGUCGACGGUGUCUUCAUCAACGGCCACGGUGUGAAGUGCGACGAGUCAUCUGCUACCGGCGAGUCCGAUCUGCUGAAGAAGGUUGGCGCUGACGACGUCUUUUCGAUCCUGGAGGACAUCGCCAAGGGAGGCAAGCCCCCCGCCGACGUUGAGAAGCUUGACCCAUUCAUCAUCUCCGGCAGCAAAGUCAACGAGGGUACCGGUACCUUCCUGGUUACCGCCGUCGGCGUAAACUCUAGCUACGGCCGCAUCAUGAUGUCGAUGCAUACGGACCAGGAGGACACCCCCCUGCAGAAGAAGCUCAACUCUCUGGCUGACUGGAUUGCCAAGUUUGGUGGCGGCGCUGCCCUGCUCCUCUUUGUCGUUCUCUUCAUCAAGUUCCUCGCUCAGCUGCCCACCAGCACCGACACCCCCGACCAGAAGGGCCAGACCUUCCUGCGGCUGUUCAUCACCUCGGUUACCGUCGUGGUGGUUGCCGUUCCUGAGGGUCUUCCUCUGGCCGUUACCCUUGCCCUGGCCUUUGCGACCACUCGUAUGUUGAAGGACAACAACCUUGUCCGUGUUCUCAAGGCUUGCGAGACCAUGGGCAAUGCUACCACGGUUUGUUCCGACAAGACUGGUACCCUGACGCAGAACAAGAUGACGGUCGUGGCUACAACCCUUGGAAAGAGCCUGAGCUUUGGUGGCACCGAGGCGCCGCUGGAGGAGGCUGAGGACAAGACUGCCAAGGCCAUCGAUAUCGACAUCCCCAACAUGCCCGUUGCCGACUUCGUGAAAGGUCUAAGCGCCUCUUCCAAGCAGCUCCUGGUACAAUCCAACGCCGUGAACUCGACUGCUUUUGAGGGUGACGUCGAAGGCGAGAAGACCUUCAUCGGUUCCAAGACCGAGGUUGCCCUGCUCACUCUCUGCCGCGAUCAUCUCGGUGCCGGACCCAUCCAGGAAGAGCGUGCCAACGCCAACGUCGUCCAGGUGGUACCCUUCGACUCGGCCGUCAAGUACAUGGCGACUGUCGUCAAGCUGCCCAACGGAAAGUUCCGCGCAUACGUCAAGGGUGCCUCCGAGAUCCUGCUCGCCAAGUGCACCCAGGUUAUGGCCGAUCCCGCUGGUGAGGAGUUGACGACAACCCCCAUGACCGAGCAGGACCACGCCCUUUUCUCCGAGACCAUCACCUCUUAUGCUGGACAGACCCUUCGUACUAUCGGUUCCUCAUACCGCGAUUUCGAGUCGUGGCCGCCUCCGGAGCUCGCUGGUGAGUCGGAGCUGACGGCCGCCGUGUUUGAGAAGGUACACAAGGACAUGACGCUGGUGGCCAUCUUCGGCAUCAAGGACCCUCUCCGCCCUACCGUUAUCGACGCUAUCAAGGACUGCCGCCGCGCCGGUGUCACUGUGCGCAUGGUCACUGGUGACAACAUCCUGACCGGCCGGGCCAUCGCCAAGGAAUGCGGUAUCUACCACCCCGAGGAGGGCGGCAUCGCCAUGGAGGGCCCCGCAUUCCGCCGCAAGACGGAGCAAGAGCUCAAGGAGCUUGUCCCCAAGCUGCAGGUGCUUGCCCGGUCUUCUCCCGAGGAUAAGCGCAUUCUCGUCCGGACCCUGAAGGAACUUGGUGAGACUGUCGCUGUGACUGGUGACGGAACCAACGAUGCGCCGGCUCUGAAGAUGGCUGAUAUCGGGUUUGCUAUGGGUAUCGCGGGUACCGAGGUGGCCAAGGAGGCUGCGUCCAUUAUCCUGAUGGAUGACAACUUUGCGUCCAUCGUCAAGGGUAUCAGCUGGGGCAGAGCGGUCAAUGAUGCCGUCAAGAAGUUCUUGCAGUUCCAACUUACCGUCAACGUUACCGCCGUGGUCCUGACCUUUGUAUCUUCGGUUGCCAGCGACGAGGAAGAGUCUGUGCUCAAUGCGGUUCAGCUUCUCUGGGUCAACCUGAUCAUGGACACUUUCGCCGCCCUUGCCCUCGCCACGGAUCCCCCCACGUCGUCCAUUCUCGACCGGAAGCCGGACAAGAAGUCAGCGUCGCUCAUCAACACCCGCAUGAUGAAGAUGAUCAUCGGACAAGCUAUCUGCCAACUUGCCAUCACCUUCGUUCUCCACUUCGCCGGCGCCACCCUUCUCGGCUACGACCUGCACAACGCCACCAAGCACAUCCGCGAGCACGAGGAGACGCGUCUGCGGACUCUCGUCUUCAACACCUUUGUCUGGUUGCAAAUCUUCAACGAGCUCAACAACCGCCGUCUCGACAACAAGUACAAUAUCUUCGAGGGUAUCACUAAGAACUACUUCUUCGUCAUCAUCAACCUGAUCAUGAUCGGCGGUCAAGUCCUCAUCAUCUUCGUCGGCGGCCAAGCCUUCAAGAUCACUCCCCUCAACGGCACAGAAUGGGGUCUCUCCAUCGGCCUCGGCGCCAUCUCCCUACCAUGGGGCGCCGUGAUCCGCACGUUCCCCGACGAGUGGGCCGCGGCCAUGGUCCCGCACGUCACGAUCCCACUUCCCAACAUCUGGCCCUUCCGGGGCAUCAUCAAGAAGCGCCGCGCUGCGGCCGCAGACGCCGAGAAGGGCCCGCUGUCGGAGGAGGAGCGCCGCAAGGUCCUGGGCGGCGAGUCCAGCGACAGCGACGCCUUCGAGCCCGAGGCGCCCCUGCGCACCCUGACUAGCAUCCGGGGCCGCCGCGCCACCACCCACAUCCGUCGCGGCUUCAGGGAGUACAUGCAUGAUCAGAAGAGCAAGGUCAAGGGCAAGGUCGGUAGCAGCAAGACGGAUGUCUCGUCGCCCCCGCAGGCGCCGGGCCUGGGUGGCAAGUUGCCGCAGGCUGCUGCUUGAUGGGGGAGGGAUAGAAGCAUCUAGGGGGAGAGGGGAGUUAAUUUGCGCGGUGGCUUUUUCUGCUGUUUGCGUUUGCCUUUUGCUGUUUGGCUUUGAUUUGGGGGCUGGGUGCAGAUACAUGGCUUGUGGAUGUUUGGUUGGGGCCGGAUCUGGAGGCGUAAAAUACCCGGAUAGACAUUCUUCCCCCACCGCGGGGCGCCUUUUACUUGGGUUUGAGUAACAAAUUAUUCGUUUAAUACUGCAGAGUCUGGUAUUUGAGGGCAUGUGAGCGUGACGUGACGUCGAGGAUGGUCAGUUGGGACGGAAAUAUUUUGUGGAUUCGUACCAAGCAAUGAUGUUUUAUCUUCUCUGAGCACAGUCAACAACGAGUGAUCCGCCCC